UGAGUAUUUUACAUUAAAGUAAUUAAUAACAGUAAAAAAUAAAUUACAAAGUAAUUCCUGUUUAAAUUAUAAUUAUGGUCGUUGCCGCGCUGGUGAGUGAGUUUAUUUCCUUGAUUCUAUGAAUAAGUUUUAGCCAAAUUUAGAUUGAGCGACUUCUAAUUUACAUACAAAACUAUAAUAUUUUUAAUGAAAUCAUAAAUUUUAUCAAAGUAUAAUUCACAAAUCGUGUGUUGUUUACCUGUUUAAUGCUUAGUCACAGGCUUGACACUAGGCAACAGGCGACUAGUAUAUAAUCUGUGUACGAGUAUUAGCGGGAGAGCCGAGUCGAGCGGUCGUGGACCUUGGUGUAGUAAUUCUUAAACGUUGUAAUGAUUGUGUUUUGUUAGCAAAAUACGCGAGUGUAGCCGCGUUCUAAUAACCUACCUACUAGUUGAGGCGCUUGCGAGUGAUUGUUUCUCCGGGUCAAGACAGUUCACUGCCGCUCCGUUGUCUGGUCAACGGGGGUCGUCAUCGUGCGUCGAGGAAUUGAUAUUUUUCAAAAUGACUCUCUUAAUUGCAACAUUUGCAUUACUGUGUUUUCUUGGACAAACGUAUUCCUUAGAAGAUUAUGCGCCCGUGGUUAUCCGAGUGACAAAUGAAGAUCAUCAAAAUAAACUUUCAAACGAGUUCAAGAUGAAAGGACACAACAUAAGCAUCGUUGGAGACAAGUUUAUGAUAGACGGGAAGCCUCUACACAUCAUAUCAGGGUCAUUGCACUACUUCAGGGUCCCUGCAGUGUAUUGGCGUGACCGACUGCAUAAGUUCAAAGCCGCUGGUCUCAACACAGUUGCUACGUACGUAGAAUGGAGUUACCAUGAGCCCGAGGAGAAACAGUAUAAUUUCGAAGGAGAUCGUGACUUGGUGAGAUUUGUUCAGACAGCGGCCGAAGUAGGCUUGCACGUUCUACUAAGGGUUGGUCCUUACAUCUGUGCUGAAAGAGAUUUAGGAGGAUUGCCGUAUUGGCUACUCGGAAAGUAUCCGAAUAUAAAACUUCGUACAACCGACAAAGAUUUCAUCGCGGAGAGCGACAUAUGGCUGAAGAAACUAUUCGAACAAGUCUCACAUUUGUUAUUCGGAAAUGGUGGACCUAUUAUCUUAGUACAGGUGGAGAAUGAAUACGGCAGUUAUGAUAGCGACCUGGCAUACAAGGAAAAGAUGCGGGAUCUGAUAAGCGCCCACGUUGGGGAUAAGGCUUUGCUAUACACCACAGAUGGACCGAGCCUAGUCGGCGCCGGCAUGAUCCCAGGAGUGCACGCCACCAUCGACUUCGGCGUUACAUCACAACCAACGGAGCAGUUCGACAGCCUGUUCCACCUGAGGCCGGCUCCCGGGCCGCUCAUGAACUCCGAAUUCUACCCGGGCUGGCUGACGCACUGGGGCGAGCGUAUGGCGCGCGUCGGCACCAACGACAUUGUGCUCACAUUGCGUAACAUGAUCGUUAAUAAAAUACACGUCAAUUUUUAUGUAUUCUUUGGUGGAAGUAAUUUUGAGUUCACAUCAGGAGCGAAUUUCGAUGGAACGUACCAGCCCGACAUAACCUCGUACGAUUACGACGCUCCCCUCUCCGAAGCCGGCGACCCAACCCCAAAAUAUUACGCCAUCAGAGAAACAUUGAAACAGUUGAAUUUCGUGGAUGAGAAAAUUGAGCCGCCACAGCCCAGCCCUAAAGGUCGGUAUGGCGCCGUGCCCGUCGCAGCGAAACUCAGUAUCAUGUCCCCGAAGGGUCGCUGCGACUUGGGGAAACGAUACGAGGACGUGUCGGGCGGAACUUUGCCGACUUUCGAAGAGUUGAGGCAACGGAGCGGCUUGGUUUUAUACGAGACGACGCUCAACGAAACAGAGGGAGUCCUUGUCCUCAACAAGCCGCGCGACCUGGUCUUCGUCUUUGUGGAUGGAAAACCACAAGGCGUAUUGAGUCGGAUGCACAAGAAAUACCAUUUGCGUAUAAGUUCGACGGCCGGCAGUAAGCUGUCCCUCCUAGUCGAGAACCAAGGCCGUAUUAAUUACGGCACGCUACUACACGACCGUAAGGGAAUUUUAAGUGAAGUUAUUUACAACAAUAAAGUUAUUGGAGGCAAAUGGAGUAUUACUGGAUAUCCGCUAGAGACGGUUCAGUUUAACUCUUCUGUGAGCGAAGUUACCCAAGGCCCAACGUUUUAUGAGGGUACAUUUGUGUUACCAGAGGGUCAAAAACCAUUGGAUACGUUUUUGGAUACUACGGGAUGGGAUAAGGGCUACGUUUGGGUGAACGGUCACAAUCUAGGACGGUACUGGCCCGGAGUCGGUCCCCAGGUCACUCUCUACGUCCCCGGAGUUUGGCUGCUCGAAGCGCCGCAACCGAACGUGCUACAAAUACUUGAACUGAACAAACCUUCGGACAGCUCAACCAUGGAGUUCAUAGACAAUCCUAUUCUAAACCGGACUGGAAAUUUACACGCGUGGAAGUUUCCUUAUUUCAUGUUUCUUCAAGUUCAAACUAAUAGUAAUGGCUUACUAACCGUUUAUCAUCUGCGAAAAUUGAACGCGGCAAACUGCCUGUCGUCGAGAAGACAGCGACAGCGUCGGACCGUUCGCGAUCGGCCGAAUUAUAAACCACGUGGCCGGCUUCUAAACCUCAAAAAAAUGGAAAAUGAUGAUUUGAGCUGCGACUUAGGCCCGCUGUGUUGCCUUGUGCUGGAGGAUGGAACUAUACUUCAUGGUAGGAGCUUUGGUGCUCAAGUGCCCGUUGAAGGCGAAGUUGUUUUUCAAACGGGCAUGGUAGGAUAUCCGGAAUCCCUGACAGAUCCGUCGUACAACGCACAACUACUGGUGUUAACUUAUCCUCUCAUUGGAAACUAUGGAGUUCCGGAUGAGAAUGACCGAGACGAACACGGUAUUAGCAGGUGGUUUGAAUCCGACCGUAUUUGGGCAGCUGGUUUGAUAGUGGGGGAAGUCAGCAAACGUGCUUAUCAUUGGCGUGCCAAAUGUUCCAUAGGAGCAUGGCUAGCCCAGCAUCGGGUCCCUGGUAUAUGUGACAUUGAUACACGCGCUCUAACUUGCCGUCUCAGAGAAGGUAUAACUCUCGGGAAAAUCAUACAAGGCUUACCGCCGUCUACUCCACUUCCACCGUUCACAGAUCCGAACUUACGAAACUUAGUUGCCGAAGUGUCAAUUAAGCAACCACGAGUUUUUAAUAAAAAUGGAGAGAUAACAAUUUUGGCAAUCGACUGCGGUUCAAAAUACAAUCAAAUUAGAUGUUUUAUCAAAAGGAACGCGAAAGUCGUUCUAGUACCGUGGGACUACAAGCCCAACCCAAAUGAAUACGAUGGCUUGUUCAUAAGCAACGGGCCAGGCGAUCCGGAAAUUUGCAAAAAAGUUGUAGAAAACUUACAAUUUGUUAUGAAAAAUCAAAAUAUUGUAAAACCUAUCUUUGGUAUUUGUCUAGGACAUCAACUAUUAUCUACCGCAGCGGGGUGCAAAACUUACAAGACCAAAUAUGGCAACCGUGGUCACAACUUGCCGUGUACUCACAGUUCCACUGGCAGAUGUUUCAUGACUUCGCAGAACCAUGGCUACGCCGUCGAUACCGAUUCUUUGCCUGAAGGAUGGAAAGUUUUGUUCACCAAUGAAAAUGAUAAGACUAACGAAGGAAUCAUUCACAAGUCUGCGCCUUAUUUCAGCGUUCAAUUUCAUCCUGAACACACUGCGGGCCCUACGGAUUUAGAGUUUUUGUUUGACAUUUUUGUUGAUGCAGUUAAAAGUUAUAAAAAUAACGUAAAUUGUGUUAUAGAUGAAAUGAUAAAUGAAAAAUUGAAAUUUAUUCCAACAAUUCACGAUAGACCGAAAAAAGUAUUAAUCCUAGGCUCCGGAGGCUUAUCAAUAGGACAAGCCGGAGAGUUCGAUUAUUCAGGUUCGCAAGGCGUGAAGGCUAUGCAAGAAGAAAAAAUUCUAACAGUUCUUAUAAAUCCUAACAUUGCCACUGUACAAACUUCUAAAGGUUUGGCGGAUAAAGUUUACUUUUUACCUAUAACUCCUGAAUAUGUAGAACAAGUCAUAAAAGCAGAAAGACCAACGGGGAUUUUGCUCACUUUUGGCGGACAAACUGCACUAAAUUGCGGAGUGGAACUACAAAAAUCUAAAAUAUUUGAAAAAUAUAAUGUCAGCGUUUUAGGCACACCCAUUCAGUCGAUAGUUGAUACUGAAGAUAGGAAGAUAUUUGCAGAGAAAAUCAAUGCGAUAGGAGAAAAAGUGGCACCAAGUGCAGCAGUAACAUCAGUCGAAGAAGCACUCGAAGCAGCUCUGCAAAUCGGGUAUCCGGUGAUGGCUCGCUCAGCCUUUUCCUUGGGAGGAUUAGGCUCUGGUUUUGCGAACAAUGAAGAUGAACUCAAAACAUUAGCUCACCAAGCUCUUUCACAUUCCGAUCAACUCGUUAUUGACAAAUCUUUGAAGGGGUGGAAAGAAGUUGAAUACGAAGUCGUAAGAGACGCUUAUGAUAACUGCAUAACUGUUUGUAAUAUGGAAAACGUUGACCCAUUAGGUAUACACACUGGAGAAUCUAUAGUAGUAGCGCCAAGUCAAACUUUGUCUAAUAGAGAGUAUUAUAUGCUUCGAAAUACGGCUAUAAAAGUUAUACGACAUUUUGGUAUAGUCGGCGAAUGUAAUAUACAAUACGCUUUAAACCCGAAUUCUGAAGAAUUUUACAUUAUUGAAGUAAAUGCAAGACUUUCGAGGAGCUCAGCAUUAGCCAGUAAAGCAACAGGUUAUCCAUUAGCAUAUGUGGCUGCAAAAUUAGCUCUCGGAAUAUCCUUGCCUGUUAUCAAAAAUUCGGUUACUGGAGUAACCACAGCCUGUUUUGAACCAAGUUUGGACUACUGUGUUGUUAAAAUCCCAAGAUGGGACCUCGCCAAAUUUAACAAAGUGAGUACGAAAAUUGGAAGCUCUAUGAAAAGUGUUGGGGAAGUCAUGUCUAUCGGCAGGACUUUCGAAGAAGCAUUCCAAAAAGCUUUGCGGAUGGUUGACGAGAAUGUAAAUGGUUUUGAUCCGAACAUCAAAAAAGUAAACGAAAAUGAGUUAAAGGAACCAACAGAUAAACGUAUGUUUGUGUUGGCUGCAGCCUUAAAGAACGGAUUUAGUGUUGAAAAGUUGUAUGAGUUGACUAAAAUAGACAAAUGGUUCUUAGAAAAGUUUAAGAACAUUAUUGACUAUUACAAAACUCUUGAAAAAUUAGAUUCUGGAACAAUUACAUCUGACAUUUUAAAGCAAGCUAAAAAAAUGGGAUUCUCUGAUAAACAAAUUGCUUCUGCAAUAAAGAGUACUGAAGUAGCGAUCCGUAAAUUAAGAGAAGAAUUCAAAAUAACACCAUUUGUUAAACAAAUAGAUACAGUUGCUGCGGAGUGGCCAGCUACUACCAACUAUUUGUAUUUAACCUACAAUGGAAGCACACAUGACAUUGAAUUUCCGGGAGAAUUCGUUAUGGUUUUAGGUUCAGGGGUGUAUAGAAUAGGAAGUUCGGUAGAGUUCGAUUGGUGUGCCGUAGGAUGUCUCAGGGAAUUAAGAAAUCAAGGUAAAAAAACAAUAAUGAUAAAUUACAAUCCUGAAACAGUUAGUACUGAUUAUGACAUGAGCGAUCGUCUCUAUUUUGAGGAAAUAUCAUUUGAAGUUGUAAUGGAUAUUUAUGAUAUUGAAAGACCUAGUGGUGUAAUAUUGUCUAUGGGGGGACAGCUACCAAAUAAUAUUGCUAUGGACCUUCAUAGGCAACAAGCAAAAAUAUUAGGUACAUCGCCGGACAUGAUUGAUGGCGCUGAAAACAGGUUUAAAUUUUCGAGAAUGUUAGACCGGAAAGGUAUUAUGCAACCAAGGUGGAAAGAACUUACGGAUUUAGAAUCGGCUAUUGGAUUUUGUGAGGAAGUGGGAUACCCAUGCUUAGUGCGUCCAUCGUACGUUUUAAGCGGUGCUGCAAUGAAUGUGGCUAAUUCUCAUCAAGAGUUAGAAACAUAUUUGAAAUCUGCAAGUCAGUUAAGUAAAGAACAUCCAGUAGUAAUUUCUAAAUUCAUUAUGGAUGCAAAAGAAAUAGACGUAGACGUUGUAGCAGCUGAUGGAAUAAUUUAUUGCAUGGCUGUUUCCGAACAUGUUGAAAACGCCGGUGUGCACUCUGGAGACGCAACCCUAGUAACCCCGCCACAGGAUAUUAACAACGAAACUUUAGAAAAGAUAAAAGAAAUAUCUGGAAUCAUAGCUGAAACUUUAGACGUAACUGGUCCAUUUAAUAUGCAACUGAUAGCAAAAGAUAAUGACCUAAAAGUUAUCGAAUGCAACGUUAGGGUAUCGAGAUCUUUUCCAUUUGUGUCUAAAACAUUAGAUCAUGAUUUUGUGGCAAUGGCCACUAAAAUUAUUCUGGGACUACCAGUUGAACCGGCUAAUGUGAUGGCGGGAUGUGGAAAGGUUGGAGUAAAAGUUCCACAAUUUUCAUUUUCAAGACUGGCCGGUGCAGACGUUACAUUAGGUGUGGAAAUGGCAUCUACUGGAGAAGUUGCAUGUUUUGGAGAAAAUCGAUACGAGGCAUACUUAAAAUCGUUAAUGAGUACAGGCUUCAGGAUUCCAAAAAAAGCUAUUUUAUUGUCUAUAGGAACAUUCAAGCAUAAAAUGGAAUUAUUGCCGAGCGUUCGAUCGUUACAAAAAAUGGGAUAUAAACUUUACGCUAGUAUGGGUACUGGUGAUUUUUAUACAGAGCAUGGAAUCGAGAUAGAGAGUGUCCAGUGGACAUUUGAGCACAUAGGAGAUCCAGAAGAUGAUAGGUUUGACGGCGAACUAAUGCACUUAGCCGAUUUUAUGGCUCGCCGACAAUUAGAUUUGGUGAUCAAUUUACCGAUGCGAGGUGGUGCCCGUCGUGUUUCUUCAUUUACUACGCACGGAUACCGGACCCGGCGGCUCGCUGUUGAUUAUGCAGUACCUCUAGUGACCGAUGUCAAAUGCGCCAAGCUCUUAGUGCAGGCAAUGUCACAAUGUGGCGGUGCUCCUACAAUGAAAACUCAUACUGAUUGUAUGACGUCACGGAAUAUUGUCAAAUUACCCGGCUUCAUUGAUGUACAUGUUCACGUCCGUGAACCCGGUGCAACAUAUAAGGAAGAUUUUGAGACCUGUACCGCAGCCGCAUUGGCUGGUGGUGUAACGAUGAUUUGUGCUAUGCCCAACACUAACCCCUCAAUCGUUGAUCGUACAGCAUUUGAUUACGCUUCAACAUUAGCAAGAGUUAGUGCCCGAUGCGAUUAUGCUUUGUACGUCGGUGCUUCCUCGACAAAUUAUGACACAAUAUGUGAACUGGCUCCGCAAGCUGCAGCUCUAAAGAUGUACUUAAAUGAAACUUUUACAACUCUUCUGUUAGAGGAUAUGACAAUUUGGCAGAAACAUUUCCAAAGUUGGCCCAAAAAAAUGCCUGUUUGUACUCAUGCAGAGCGUGAGAAAACCGCCGCUGUCAUUUUAAUGGCAUCUCUCCUUGAUCGGCCUGUACACAUUUGUCACGUAGCACGAAAAGAAGAAAUAUUAAUUAUCAAAGCCGCAAAAGAAAGAGGUGUUAAAGUUACUUGUGAAGUUUGCCCACAUCACUUAUUUUUGAAUAGUAAUGACAUUGACAAAAUUGGAAAAGGGCGAGCAAAAGUAUGUCCAGUAUUAUGUAGUCCUGAAGACCAAGCAGAACUUUGGCGAAAUAUAAGUAUCAUUGAUGUUUUUGCCACAGACCAUGCACCUCAUACUGUGGAAGAAAAGAAUUCUGAGAAUCCACCACCUGGCUACCCUGGCUUAGAAACAAUAUUGCCUUUGCUACUCAACGCUGUACAUCAAGGUCGUUUGACUAUUGAAGAUCUUAUUAAUAAAUUUCAUCGUAAUCCUCGUAAAAUUUUUAACUUACCAGAACAGCCUAACACAUAUGUUGAAGUUGAUUUGGAUUAUGAAUGGGUAAUUCCAACGUCAAUGGAAUUUUCUAAAUCGAAAUGGACUCCUUUCGCGGGCAUGAAGGUAUGUGGUGCUAUUCAUCGUGUCACAUUAAGAGGUGAAAUAGCAUAUGUCGAAGGUCAAAUUUUGGUUCCUCCAGGAUUCGGUCAAAAUGUUCGCGAAUGGCCAAUGCCUAAAAAACAAACUUUCCAGACGUACUCGAUUGAAAAAGUUGAAAAAGAAAUAAGUCGUCCUAAUUCCGCAUUGGAUAUAAUUACACCUGGGGACCAUCUAAGACAAAGCGAUAUUGACCUAGAUCAAUUGGAGUCUUCAAGAUCAGAAGCUGUUGGAAGACUAAACGUGCAUUUUAAUGAAGUGGCCGGUAUGCGAAACGUAUCCCCUGUUCCACCACAAACAGUUACUAGACAAAGAUGUGAUAGCUCAUCGAAUUACAAUCCACCACAGCCUUCAAUUACACAACGACAACGCAGUGAUUUGUUCGGCAAAAACAUCCUGACUGUAGAUACAUUUAAUAAGGAAACUCUCAACGACAUUUUCAACCUAGCACAAUUCAUGAAGACAAGUGUAAAUAAGGGACGUUAUUUAGAUGACAUCUUACGUGGGAAAGUUAUGGCCUCAAUAUUUUAUGAAGUCAGUACACGUACGAGCUGCAGUUUUGCAGCGGCCAUGCAUAGACUAGGCGGAUCUGUGGUACAUACCGAUGCAACAAGCUCUUCUGCAAAAAAAGGCGAAUCUCUUGAAGAUAGCGUCGCUAUUAUGGCUAGCUAUUCAGAUGUCGUCGUGUUGAGACAUCCUGAACCCGGCGCAGUUUCUCGCGCAUCGAAACUUAGUCGCAAGCCCGUAAUAAAUGCGGGAGACGGUGUUGGUGAACACCCCACGCAGGCAUUGUUAGACGUUUUUACGAUACGAGAAGAAAUCGGUACAGUAAAUGGCCUCACGAUCACAAUGGUUGGCGAUCUUAAAAAUGGACGCACAGUUCAUUCCCUUGCUAGACUUUUAACUCUAUAUCAAGUCCAACUUCAAUACGUAAGUCCGCCGGGACUAGGUAUGCCGAAGCAUAUCACGGAUUAUGUUGCUUCUAAAGGUAUACCUCAGAGAGUAUACGAGCGCUUAGAGGACGUACUAGCUGAUACUCACGUUUUGUACAUGACUAGAAUACAACGAGAAAGAUUCAAAAGCCAAGAAGAUUAUGAAAAGACUCGGGGACUACUGGUUGUGACCCCACAGUUGAUGACCAGGGCUCGUCGUCGUAUGAUAGUGAUGCACCCUCUACCACGUGUCGAUGAAAUUUCAUCAGAAUUUGACUCAGAUCCUCGCGCAGCAUACUUUAGACAGGCCGAAUACGGAAUGUAUGUUCGUAUGGCUCUACUCGCAAUGGUUGCUGGUGUAAAUCCACUUGUGUGAAAUGAUUUCAUUUCAAAAUGUUAUUAUUUGUUCUUGGACAAUAAAUCAAACAUCUAAAAUAUAAAA